AUGACAAUAUUAGCCACAUAUUUUCAUGUAACCUUCUUUCUAAUUUUAAGCCUGGCAAAUUCUGAGUCUCAGCAAGAACACUCAAUCUUAUUGAAGAUAAAGCUUCACCUUCAAAAUCCAUCUUUUCUUACUCAUUGGAACUCAUCAAACACCUCCUAUUGUUCUUGGCCAGAGGUAACAUGCACCACUGGUUCUGUCACAGGGUUGACUUUGGUCAACCACAACAUCAAUCAAACCAUACCCUCUUUCAUAUGUGACCUUCAAAAUCUCACACAUGUUGAUUUCAGCCACAAUCUCAUUCCUGGUGAGUUUCCAAAAGAUCUAUUCAAAUGUUCCAAUCUUGAGUAUCUUGAUUUGUCUUUGAAUAACUUUGUUGGCAAGAUUCCUUAUGAUAUCCAAAAUAUGGUUCAUUUGCAAUAUCUCAACCUUGGUUCAACCAAUUUCGACGGCGAAAUUCCUUCGAGUAUUGGAAGGCUUAAGGAUUUGAGAUUCCUUGGCCUUAAAUAUUGUUUCUUUAAUGAUACUUUUCCCUUUGAGGUAAUUGGUGAAUUGUUGAACCUUGAGUUCUUUGAUUUGUCCUUUAACCCUUUGCUUCCUUUGAAGCUUCCAUUAGGCUUAACCAAGUUGAAUAAAUUGAAAUUUUUUACCAUACAUGGUUCAAAUUUGGUAGGGGAAAUUCCUGAAAAUAUUGGAGAUAUGGUUGCUUUGGAGACAUUGGAUUUGUCAGGAAAUAAUUUAUCAGGAAAAAUUCCUAGUGGUUUGUUCAUGUUGAAGAAUUUGAGCAAAGUGUACCUUAACAGCAAUAAUCUCUCUGGAGAGAUACCGAGUUCGGUUGAAGCAUUCAAUUUGACAGAAAUUGAUCUUGCAAAGAAUAAUCUCUCAGGGAAAAUACCGAACGAUUUUGGAAAGCUUCAAAAGUUGACAGUGUUGCAUUUGCACAUGAACAAUUUUUCAGGAGAGAUUCCAGAAAGUAUAAGCCGUCUUGAAUCGUUGACAGAAUUUCAUGUUUUUAUGAACAAGUUUUCAGGUACUCUUCCUAUGAAUUUUGGCCUUUUUUCGAAGCUUGAAUCUUUUCUUAUUGCGAUGAACAAUUUUAAGGGAAUGUUACCUGAGAAUUUGUGCUAUAAUGGUAAGCUACAAUUAUUAACUGUUUCUGAAAAUAGUUUAAGUGGCGAGUUACCAAAAUCACUUGGAAAUUGUGGUAGUUUGGUUGAGCUGAAAGUUUACAAGAAUCAAUUUUCUGGUAAAAUUCCUGAUGGACUUUGGAGAGCCGAAAAUUUGACGCGUUUCAUGAUAAGUCAUAAUAAGUUCAAUGGUGAGCUUCCUCAAAAUUUGUCUUCAAGCAUUUCACUUUUUGAUAUAAGUUAUAAUCAGUUUUAUGGUGGAAUUCCAAUUGGAGUAUCUUCUUGGACUAAUGUGGUUAAGUUCAUAGCUAGCAAGAAUUAUCUUAAUGGAAGUGUUCCUCAAGAGCUAACAGCACUUCCUAAACUUCAAACAUUGUUGCUUGAUCAAAAUCAGCUUAAAGGGUCACUUCCAAAUGAUAUAGCAGCAUGGAAAUCUUUGGUGAUUCUAGAUUUGAGCCAGAAUCAACUUAUUGGUAAAAUUCCAAGUUCAAUUGGUCAUUUACCUUCGCUUAGUGCUCUCGAUCUAUCAGAAAAUCAAUUCUCGGGUGAGAUACCUUCUAUACCUUCUAGAAUCACAAAUCUCAAUCUAUCGUCGAAUUAUUUGACAGGAAAAGUUCCCAGUGAUUUUGAAAAUUCAGCUUUUGAUAGAAGCUUUUUGAACAAUUCUGGUUUAUGUGCUGAUACACCGAAACUUAGUCUUAGCCUUUGCGGUUUCGGCCUUGAAAAACCAACCAAAACCUCUCAUUGGUCUAUUGGUUUGAUUAUUAGCCUUAUUGUUGUGACUUUCUUGUUGGCUUUGUUUGCAUCAUUCAUGAUUAUCAAACUUUACAAGAAAAGAAAAGACGAAUCGGAAAGUUCAUGGAAGCUCAUUUCAUUUCAAAGGCUAAGUUUCACAGAAUUAGACAUACUUUCCUCAAUGACAGAACAAAAUAUCAUCGGCAGCGGUGGGUUCGGCACAGUAUACCGCGUACCUGUCAACGGUUUAACCUAUGUUGCUGUGAAAAAAAUCAUGAGUAACAGAAAGUUAAGGCAAAAGCUCGAAACCUCAUUUCGCGCGGAAGUUAAAAUAUUGAGCAAUAUUCGUCAUCGAAACAUUGUGAAGUUGUUGUGUUGUAUCUCUAAUGAGGACUCCAUGAUGCUUGUGUAUGAGUAUUUGGAACACAGCAGCCUAGACAAAUGGCUGCACAACAAGAAUAAGUCAUCGAAUAUGUCAGGUUCCGCGCGACAUGUUGUCCUUGACUGGCCGAAGCGAUUGCAAAUUGCCAUUGGGAUUGCUCAUGGUUUGUGCUACAUGCAUCAUGAUUGCUCGCCUCCGAUUGUUCAUCGCGAUAUAAAAACAAGCAACAUACUUUUGGAUUCUCAAUUCAAUGCAAAAGUUGCUGAUUUCGGUCUUGCUAGAUCGUUGAUGAAACCCGAAGAAUUUAACACCAUGUCAGCUGUUAUUGGAUCAUUUGGUUAUAUGGCUCCAGAAUAUGUUCAAACAACUAAAAUCAAUGAAAAGAUCGAUGUGUUUAGCUUUGGUGUGAUCCUAUUGGAGCUAACAACGGGUAAAGAAGCUAACUAUGGUGAUGAGCAUUCAUCACUUGUAGAAUGGUCAUGGAGGCAUGUUCUUGUAGGAAGCAAUAUAGAAGAUUUGUUAGACAAAGAUUUUGUGGAACCAAGUUGUUUGGAUGAAAUGUGUUGCAUUUUCAAACUUGGGAUAAUGUGUACUUCUACACUUCCUUCUAGUAGACCUUCCAUGAAGGAAGUGUUGCACUUAUUAGUUAGAAGUGAAAGAGGGUUUGUGUUUGGAGGUAGGAAUGAUGUUGUUGGAGAAUAUGAUGUUGUUCCUUUUCUUAAAAAUUCUAAAUUGGAUAGUAGGAGGAUUGAUGUUGUUGAUAGUGAUAGUGACUAG